AUGCAUGAUGCACCGCUCGGUGUUCCUUCCUUGGGGCUCCCAGCUGAUGCCAUUAUUAUCAACAACCCGAACAAGACACGCAUCGAAAGGUCUCCCGUCGUGGUGGAGGAAGAAGAGGUUGCACCGGAAAAUUUUAACUGGGAAAGUCUGAAUCCUAGUGUGAACAUCGAGCCUGAGGUGGAGGAGAUCAACGCCAACAUUGAAGAGCUCCGCCCUGACACUCGUAUUCUCCGGUUGACAGAUAUAGGGACUCUGGUUGAGUCUCUUUGCAGCGGUUUUACAAUCAAUCAAUUGAAAGACUACCAUCGCGACCGUGUGCCAGAGCAGGAGGAAGGCGAGAUCGUGAACUAUACUUGGAUCGAAGGGAGUGUCCCUUGGGCGUCGGUCAACUCGGUUCGGGUCCGUGGUACAGACAAGACAGCAAUUGCCCAGAAAAUUGUUUUCGACAAGUGGAGAAUUGAGGCUAUGGAAUACGAAAACGAUCUUGGAAAGGCAUACGUUUGGAUGGAUCCUGAGAUCUUCCCCUUUCUCUUAUAUGGUCCGAACAACAUAUCACGCCUGCUAUGGGUGUUGAGACGGGACUUCCUGGUAGGAGAAGAUGAAAAGUUGACCUUGACCAUUGAAAGGUCUCGAAUCAAUAUCACGGCGAGAAAGUCGACAACUUACGGCGUCCUUGCCUACAUGGAUCAGUGCUUUCAAGAUAUGCGCUCUCGAACCAUCGAUGUAGCCCCUUUUCUCCCGCCUGGUACAAGCAGCCCGAAGCCUGCAGAACUCAAAGAGCUUGGCCGCCUUACCAAGACUUCCAUCAAGCGCGUCAGGGAGGGUACAAAAGAGAAAUACCGGGUUUCUUGGUUGCCCGACUCUGAUGAAGCUCCUGCCGAGACUGAAGAUGUCGCUGAUAUGGUAUUCCGCUUGAUGGUCGGCCUUAGGAUCCCUGGCACCCACAACGUUCUUCAGUGUAUUCCCUCGAAAGGGGAAGAUGAAGUCAGUGGUCAGUUUGUCUCGGUUCAAAGACAGACUCGAGCCAUGUCGUGGAGAGACAAGCUUGGUCGGUGGUUCAGGGUUGUUGACCCCAUCACCAAGUCUUCCUGGUCAGCCAAAGAGCCCUCGCCCCUCAAUCUGGCCGCUUCCGCAGAUUUGCCCGAGUGGGACGUUUCCGGUCCCGUCAGGAAAGACACGACCACAGCAACGUUUGGUCAUAUCCUCCACUCAGAGCCUCUCGAUUCGAUGAAACUGCUCUCCCGCAAACGUCACAUUCUAUUACCAUUCAUUCCUCAUCCCGCCGCCUUCUCCGCAUUGAAACCUGAAGACGACGAUACAUUGAACGAGAUUACAACCAUCAUCAUGAACCUUGUGCCUCGUGAGGAGCGCAAGAGAGGUCGAAGCAGCGAUGCGCAGAAGGAGAUCAAAGAGCCUGCAGUUCGCAUCAGAAUACCUGUCAAGCCAGACGCUGAUUUUGUAAAUUUCUCCCUUCCUGAUGACAUGACUGCUGAGUCUUUUGUAACCUGGCACGUGAACGAUUUGUUGCUACCAACCGAAGCUGUUGACGUCCGCCUUCAACACGAGAGGUCGGAGACUUUCAGCAUCUUCAACCGCGGCGUGAAAAAGUUCCUCAAGGCAUCGCAAUUCAACUUGGCUGAAGGCAAGCUUCGAACGCCCGCUCAAGCCACUAUCAAUAUCUCGGGAAUCAUGUUGAGCGGGAGCCGCACAGAUUCGAGCACCAGCAAGAGCAAGAAUAUUGUUUACGAUUUCCGAGGUAUUGAGAUUCAUAAGACCGUGGAGAUGCCAUGGCGAGGCCACACAUUGCGCUACUCUAGCAUCGAGGCGGGACAGCAAGGCGGGCAACGUCAGGAGAUUACAUUGGAGGCCGGUCCUCCGGGCGGUGGUCCUGCCAAGUUUCAUCCUGAGAGACGACAAAGCUUUUUACAACUGGUCGAGGAUAUGGCUACUGGAAAAUGCUUCUCUUGGUACGAUGGCCACAAGUCUAUCAAGAGCCGCCAGUUGGAAGACUACAGCUAUAACUUGCCCGAGAAGGAGCUAACCGACGACAUCAUUGUUGAGGACAUAUUUGACGCAAAGGGUCGGCCCAAGACCGUGGAACGCGAGAGAAAGCAACGCCAAGAUACUGCGAAACAAGAACGCGCUAUCAAGAAACAAGAAUCCUCGAAGCCGCUUGCGACUUCGAAAUCUGAUAGACAAUGGGCGUCUUCGGAGUUGAAGAGAGAACCAAUCCUCGACGACAUCAGCAAGUUACUCGCGGCCAAGAAUGAUUCCAGUCUAGACCCGGCGCCUAGGGUUGAGGAGGUAUCCAACGAAGACGAGUUAACACAAGAACUCAUGGCUAUAAUCGACGCUCCAUUGAAGUCCAGGGCAGCUGCGGUGGGCCGUAACAAUAAGGCAACCAUCGUCAGCACAGGCACCACCAAGGACGAGAUACCGAAGUGGACGACCGAGGGCGUCAAGCAAGUUCCUGCCGAUGAAGAUGCCACCAAAGACAGGGCGCCCGAUAACCAAGACUCCAGCAAGGAUGCUGCCAACGCCUCGCCCACUGAGAAGGCCGCACCCACAAAGAGCAAGAAGAGCGCCGCCGAGACCGAGCGUGACAGAGUUCGUACCGAGAUAAUGAACAACUUCUUCGGGGCUGAGGAAAUCAAGAUCGAAUCCUCUGCGACCAGUGACAACAAGAAACCAAGCGCAGCCCGCAAGGCCAAGAUCACAGCACGCAAGUAUACCGUUCCUGACCUGGAACAGCCCGCGAAGAAGACCAAGGCCAAGGGCAAGGGCAACAACAAGGCCAAGGCUAAGGUAGUAGAGGAGGUAGACCCAUUCCUCGCCCAGUUCGCCACCCGUGCGACCAGCAACAACAGAACCACCGAUCCAAAUGCUACUCCUGGCUUCUUCGACACUCCUCCACCAGAGAGCCAACCAAAGAUGUCGAAGAGCACCGAAAGAAGCAGGAAUGGUGGCAAGAGAGGCGGCAAGAAGAGAUCGUAG